AUGAAGCAUUUUUCUCUAAAUACAUUAUUGUGCACAAUUGUUGUGGCUUCAAUUGCAAUAGCACCAUGUGAAAGCGAUGACAAACUCAUAACACAAACAUGCAACAAGACACCAUAUGCUCAAUGUGUUAGUUACAUAAAAGCUAAUUAUAAAAGCAAUGAUGUUAAGAGUGUUGCAGGUCUUGGAAUAAUCAUGGCACAAGAUUUCCAACUCAAAGCAGAAGCUCCCCAACACAUUCUCCUCAAAAUGAUUUCGGCGGGAAAGAGACCAGACAUUCGAUUUGAGAUGAUAGCUUGUCUUGGAAAUUACAAUUAUCUUAUCGAUACUACUAUGCCUGAAGCCAUUGAUGCCUUCAAACUUGGAAAACCCGGUUUGGCUGAAGCUUAUGCUAACACUGCUGCAAUUGGGGUUAGUAAUUGUGAGAAAAGAUUCAAUGGCAACUCGCCAAUCACCAAUGAGAACAAUAUUACUCAUGAAAUUGCUCUCAUCCUACUAGCUAUUGCUAAACAAUUAUAG